UUGUUUUGCCUCUUGCUUCAGAUGUACGACACCGUUUCCUUAACAGUAGUCAAAGAAAGUCCUCUGCUUUUCCCUCCCCCUUUUAUUUUUUCCUCCUUGGUACUCUCUUCCUUUUUUGUCCGGUCUUUUUUCUCCCCUUUCUCAUUCUUUGCUUUUAGCUAUAGACUUUAAUUGAGGAAGAAAAGCACGUUUAGUUGGUUGGGUAUAUCUCUCUUUUCACAUUUGUCUCUGGCUCUUUUGGGUUUUGGAUAUUUCUUCCAAAAUGAAGACUUUCAACCAUGGUUCUGCACUAUCGGAUUCAAAGAGUAGGCCGUGUCUCUGUAGUCUCUUUGUUGUAGCUUCCUUGAUUUGUGGUGCUUACUUCAUUAGUACUGCACUCACCUCAGAGGAGUAUAAAGAAAGAGUAUCAAGAUGGAAGAUGAUUAAUAUAUUGCAGAAUGCAAAAUCAAAUAAAUGCAUGGAACAAUGCCGAGCUCCUAGAAGUGAAGCAUUACCUAAAGGAAUUGUUGCAGAAACAUCUAACCUGGAGAUGCGACCUUUAUGGAGUUACUCUAUGCAAAAUGUCGAUUCAAAGAAGUCUAAGAGCUUGUUAACCAUUGCUGUUGGGAUUAAGCAAAAAGACAUUGUGGAUCGAAUUGUUAAAAAGUUUCCUUCCAGUGAUUUUGUUGUGAUGCUUUUUCAUUACGAUGGUGCUGUGGAUGAAUGGAGUGAUUUGGACUGGAGCAACAAAGCCAUACAUGUGUCUGCAGUAAAUCAAACAAAAUGGUGGUUUGCUAAACGUUUCUUGCAUCCAAACAUUGUUGCUGAAUACAAAUAUAUAUUCCUUUGGGAUGAGGACCUUGGAGCAGAGCAUUUUAAUCCAAAACGAUACUUGACUAUUGUUGGGGAUGAAGGACUUGAGAUAUCACAACCAGCACUAGAUCCUGAUAAGUCAGAGGUGCAUCAUCAAAUUACAGCACGUAGGAGGAAAUCAAGGGUGCACAGACGAAUAUACAAAUUUAAAGGCAGUGGAAGGUGUGAUAACCACAGUACUGCUCCUCCUUGCAUAGGGUGGGUGGAAUUGAUGGCACCUGUGUUUUCAAGAGCUGCUUGGCGAUGUGCAUGGUAUAUGAUCCAGAAUGAUCUAAUCCAUGCAUGGGGCCUGGAUAAGCAGCUUGGUUACUGUGCACAAGGUGAUCGAAUGAAAAAUGUUGGUGUGGUUGAUGCAGAGUACAUAGUUCAUCUUGGUCUUCCUACUCUUGGUUUCAAGGUUGAAAAUGAGUUUAAUGCUACACAGCCUAAUGUUACCCAGAAGGAGCGCUACUCUAACUCAGAAACAUCAGCACCAUCUGAGUCCCAAAAAGUUGAUAACAGACCUGAAAUACGAAGACAGUCCUUUAUUGAGAUGCAGAUCUUCCAAAAAAGAUGGGAAAGUGCUGUCAAGGAGGAUAAUUGUUGGGUUGAUCCUUUUAAACAAUAUUCAUUUAACCAAAGCACUCACUGAUUAUAAUCACAAGGCCUCCAUCCAUGCAAGGCCACUCACAUACUCAACACAGGUACACCAUAACAUCAAGUUUUGUCUACAAAAUGCUCUUCCUAAUGCAUAUGAUGUGUGGAAUGUGAUUAAUGCUCUUAAUCAUGAUUUUGAUUGUUAUUGAUUACUGAUUGACUACAGUGUAAAUAUGUUUGUCUGGUUAAGAAAUGUUGUAAAUUUAUAUUUUGGGUAUAUAUUUGACUAUUUCUAUUUUGGGUAUAUAUUUGACUCUGGAAUCAAUAUUUUGAAGUUAGUUGGUACCGUACCCUUAGACAGGUUUGGUUGAUGGAAUGGAAUCUAUCAAAAUGUGCA